UCCCGUUAUCCGGUCCUCAGCUCCCGUGAAGACAGGGGUAGGGUGUCAUCUGCUUAUUGAUUGAAACAUCAGCCACUCAGGCAGCAAGGGAGCAGCAGAAAUAAGAGUCGCGGUUCGGUACUCAACAGCCAGACAUCGCGUCCAGCGUGUACGCAUGAGAGUAGAAGGUUGAUUGAGGCUACGGUCGACGCUAGAGAAAAGCCUUCAGUCAAGACAACGAACACCCGUUCCCCACAAGUUCCUUAGAACGGUUGUGCAUUGUGUCUCUUUGUCCCUUUCCAGGGCGCUCCUAUCUCCGAUUCGUCUCCCAACAAUAGACUAGAGACAACGGUGGAUCAUGUCUCCGGUCGCAGACAACACGUCGUAUGCACCCAAGUCGCCCGAUUUAUCCUGCUUUGACUCUGGGCCGGGAUUCCACUCGUCCUCGGCCUAUUACAAGCCCAACCCGUCCUACGCCUUCCCCAAUUACAGUGCCUCUCCUCCAUCUGGUGGCAAUCCUUCCCUGCAGCCUCUAGCUCCGACUUCUGCCCCAACGCAGCUACGGCCACAGGUACAACCACAGCAGCAGCAGCUGGAACUGGGAUCACACAAUUUCAGCCAACCGCCAUUGCACCACCAAUACCAAGCUCAUCAUCACUACAACAACAACAAUAAUAAUCAUAAUUAUAAUCUCAACAGUCACGUUCAUAUCAGCAACGGUUCAACGACAACAGCCACCAUCACCGACCACAACGCUUAUCCAGGUCAUCCACACCAACACCCACGUGUGUCGCUGAAUACGUACGACCACACCUCACAGCACGCAUUGGUUCCCUAUCCUCCCCAGCCUGGUACACAUUACUACCCGUCGCCUGCACCACAGCAGCAGCAACCACAUUACCUACAGCCACAUCAGUCCGCCUACCAGCCUUCAUACUAUUCGUCCUACGCCGAUUCACCUACCUCGACAGGCUACCAACCUGCAAGCCAAUCCAUUCCACAGCAGCAACACGUCCACGCCCAGCAGCACCAGCAACAACAGCAACAACCGCCAAGCCUAUCUCCCAACCGACCGGUCACGUCUAACCCGCCUGACGCCAUGCCACGCGGCAAGGCUGCUGCCCCGGCGGCAAGGGAGCCCGAGGUCAUGGACUCGCCCGUUCGGACAAAAUUCCCUACCGCGCGCAUCAAGCGCAUCAUGCAGGCGGAUGAGGAGGUCGGCAAAGUUGCGCAACAAACGCCGAUCGCCGUAGGCAAAGCGCUAGAACUCUUCAUGGUUCAGCUUGUACACAAGAGUGCCGAAGUUGCCAAAGAAAAGAAUUCAAAACGCAUCACCGCUCCCAUGUUGAAGCAAGCCAUCGACUCUACGAACGAAUGGGAUUUUCUCAGGGAGAUUGUGGCCAAAGUAACCGAGGAGAAAGAAGGCGCGAGAAGCAGCGGCCGUCCGAAAGCAGAAAGCGAGAGUGACGAUGAUGUCGAUGCCGGCGAAGUCAAGAAAAAGGGAAGAGGUGGUCGCAAGAAGAAGGCGGCCGUCUAGAUAUGUCUCAUUUCAGAUCAUCAGUAUUUCUAUCCAGUAUCACAGGCAGGCAUCAUGAUGGUUGGUUUUAUGU